AUGGACAUUGGUAUCGGGACUGGUAUCAACACUGGCUUCUACAAGAAUUUUUACAAUAGCUACAAUAAGGGCUCCGGCGAGGGCAUCAACAAAGAUAGCAUCAUCAUCAUCAUCAUCGACAUGGUCGUGAUCAAUAUCAGCUUCGGCGCUAUCAUCAUCAUCAUUAUCGGCUUUAUCAUAGGCAUGGACAUUGACAUGGACAUUUAUAUUGACAGUGACAUUGACAGUGACAUUGAUAUGUGA